UGGCAAGGGGUCCGCCUGUUUCGGAAGGGCAGGUCUGAUCUCACCCGCAAAAGAUCGCGCCCACGACAAACGAACUAUCAGCAAAACGAUAGUUCAUGCGGAAGCCAUUUCUGCAGAAAAAUCGCGCUGUAAUAAAACCAUGGCAUCCGAUUCAGCCAAAUCGACGCCCCACGGCUCGCCCGCUCGCAACGGGGCGAGAAGUGAUAAAAGAACUACGAUUAAAGUACACUGUCCAAACGACAAAUUUAAUAUGGUGUGCUUUGAUGAAAUGACCGAUGCUCGUGAUAUCAUAUCCAGGAUAGUGACUGGUAUGCGUCCAGGAACCAGAGCGUUUGCUGGAUGUUACGCGCUCAGGCUUCGAAAUUUAGCAGACGGAGAGGUCGUAUGGCUGUCUCAUGAUGAUUCCAUGACUAAAGUAUUAGAGCGUUGUUCCGGUCCAGGUUCAUGGAGAUGUGAAUUAAGAAUUCGAUAUCUACCCGCUAGUCUAAAAACCAUGCUUGAACGAGAUACUGCGACAUUUCACUACUAUUACGAUCAGGUUAGAAAUGAUUACUUGCAAAACACUCACCCAAAUUUGGAUCAGGAAGUUGCCGUACAGUUAUGUUGUUUGGAAAUUCGACAUGUUUAUAAUAAUCCACAGAUUACGUUGGAUAAAAAAUCGAGUUUAGAUUAUUUGGAAAGAGAGGUUGGUUUGCACAAGUUUUUUCCAAAAGGUGUAUUAGAAAGUUUCAAACCAAAAACCCUACGCAAAAUGAUUCAGUCGCAUUACAAAAAAGUAGCUUCCUUGACUGAAACAGAAGCAAUGCUCAAGUACUUUGAUAUUUUAAGAGGAAAUUUUGAAUUUGAUCAAGAACAUUUUAUUGUAGCAUUAGGAUCUGGUUGGACUAUACCAGUAGAAUUAGUGAUAGGUCCUAAUAUUGAAAUUUCAUAUAUAACACAUCGUGGAGCAUUACCAAAUAAAAUAGCCGAUUUUGCCCUGGUGAAAAGUAUUCGAACCAUAGGUCCGGAUUGCACUAAAUCUGAUAGCAAAGGAAAAGCUGCUAUUAGACUGACAGUGAAAGGCACUGAAGAACCUUUAACAAUAUCUUGUCACACACUUGAGACGGCAGAGAGUAUUGCGGAUUUAAUAGAUGGUUAUUGUCAACUUGUUAAUGGAAAUCAAAUAUCACUUUGGACAAAAUCCGAGGAAGUACAGCAAAUUGCGGAACAGCAACAGUCUGACACAGCAGCAGCUCAUUCUGGUACAAAUAAUAUCAAACCCAUGUUAGCAGAAGAUUAUGCUGAUGUGCCAGAUGAAGAAGGGGAUUAUUCUACACCAUCAACACAAGAUUAUAAACUAGAAAGAUCACAAAUAACAUUAUUAGAAAUAAUUGGCGAGGGUCAAUUCGGCGAUGUUCAUAAAGGUGUGUGUACACCAAAAAUGAUUGCAGGAUUGCCUUUAUGCCCUCAAGAAGUAGCUGUGAAGACUUGCAAAACUGAUAACGAUCCAGAGAAAGCUGAAAAGUUCCUAGAAGAAGCGUAUAUAAUGCAGAAGUUCGAGCAUCCGCAUAUCAUAAAAUUAAUCGGAGUGUGUGACGAACCUCCAAUUUGGAUCGUUAUGGAGUUAGCUAAAUUUGGUGAACUAAGGGCAUAUUUGCAACAGAAUAAGCAUAAAAUGGAAUUAGGCACUCUUCUUUUAUACACAUAUCAGUUAUCAACAGCAUUAAGUUAUUUGGAAAGUAAAAAAUUCGUUCACAGAGAUAUUGCUGCACGAAAUGUUCUAGUUAGCGCUCAUACUUGUGUUAAGUUAGCAGAUUUUGGAUUAUCACGUGAAGUUCUAAGUUAUUAUGAAGCUUCAAGAGGAAAAUUGCCUAUCAAGUGGAUGGCGCCAGAAUCAAUAAAUUUUAGGAGAUUUACUACUGCCAGUGAUGUUUGGAUGUUUGGUGUAUGUAUGUGGGAGAUUUUAAUGCUUGGAGUGAAACCAUUUCAAGGAGUUCGCAAUAAUGAUGUUAUAGGAAAGCUAGAUAAUGGAGAACGUUUAGCACUGCCACAAUUGUGCCCCCCUAGACUUUAUAGCCUUAUGAGUCAAUGCUGGAGCUAUGAGCCUUCUAAACGACCUACAUUUAAACAUAUUAAAGAAGUCUUGAAUGAGAUUUUGAUGGAAGAAAAACAUAGCGCGAACGAAACAAUGCGUCGCGAAAAUCGUCGUGUGGCUGCUAUGUCUUGGAGUGGUGCAUCUGGAGAACAAGAUGUGGCUCCACCGAAACCAGCCAGACCCAAUCUCAUAAAUUCGGAUUCGAGCUCCUCUUUGUCCCUGACUUCGAAUGGCGGCGCACCGCAAACCUACAUCGUAGCGCAGAGUCCGGCCGUCUUGGCUCAAUUGAUGCGCGAGAAUGAAUCUCGCUCAGUUAACCCGUCCGCGUACACCACACCUGCAUCGAGUACUGAUGUUGGAACUGAUAAAGUUGUUAUAGAAGAAAAACUGCGACAACAGCAACGUGAAAGUGAAGAAGAUCAAAAAUGGCUUGUGGAGGAGGAGACAAAUUUGAAAAAGCGUCUAAGUAUUAUAACUACUGGAUCUGAUCCAGUAGACUAUUCGUCUUUUGAUGCGUCUAUGGCGAAUUAUGCAAACCAGGCAAUUAUACCAUCUCAAUUCAUUCAGCAACCUUCAGGGAUUAAUUCAAUGUAUAAUAAUCAACAAUAUCAGCAAAUGAAUUUCCAACAUAGCCCUUAUCAAAAUUGCUUAAGUCAGAGUACUUCUCAGCAACCUAGUUCAUUGCCUGCCAAUAUUAAUCAUGGAUUUUCUAGUCCUCCAAAUGGUGAUUCAAGACCUCAUACCCCCAUGGGAAGUUCGGUUUUGUUUAGGAACAAAAGUAUUUCUCAAGAGAGAUGUGAUAAUUUAGGCUCUGAAGAAACACAAGUUUCGAAAAUUCACUCUCAAAAUUCAGAGAGUGGCUCAAAGGUAGAAUUAGAUAGAACAAAUGAUUCAGUUUACACAUGUACCACAAAUGUGGUUCGGGCGAUUAUGGCUCUGAGCACUGGUGUGCAAAGUGCAAAAGUAGAUCAAUACCUGGAUCUAGUUCGUACAGUAGGUUUAGAAUUGCGAGGACUACUAUGUGCUGUUGAUUCUCUAGUCAAUCUAUUCCCUGUUCAUGCUCACAGGGAAGUGGAAUUGGCGCAUAAAGUGCUUUCUAAAGAUAUGAGUGAACUAGUAGCGGCUUUGAGACUUGCCCAGCAGUACAGUGAAACUACAUUAGAUGCAGAAUACCGAAAGAGCAUGCUUUCUGCAGCUCAUGCAUUAGCAAUAGAUGCUAAAAAUUUGCUAGAUGUGGUUGAUGCAAUUCGAGUAAGAUUUCCACAAAUUCAAGCUCGAAUUUUAGCUCAGGCAAUGAAAUCAAACUCAGAACAAAUCAAAAUGGAAAAUGUUGCAAACUUUUCACAAUCAAACUUUCAAGUGAAAUCUCCAGAAAAUCAACAUCUUGCAAAAACUUUACAUACAACUGAGGGCAACUAUGACAAUGCUCAAAUAAUGAAAAUGGAUGAUGAUAAAAUUAAAUCUAGUAGCAUUCCAGUAGCCACUAUAACAACAAUACAAAAUAGAGAUAAUUCUACAUUAAUGAAUACUAGUCAGAGAGGAGAGAGUAGUUAUAUUACCCAAAUUGACAAUCAAUCUGAAAACAAUGACUUGUGUAAAUCAGAUUCUAAAGACGGAGGUAGUGAAUUAAAAAUUGUAGAGACAGCCGAAAGCACAAAGAAUUCUCACAUCAAUUCCAUAUCAAAUACAACUGGUACUUCAAAUAAACAAGAAACAGUUAUGCAAGGAAUUAUUUUGCCGAAACCUGCUUCUUGCGCUUUUAUCCAGCAACACCAGCCUGUCUAUUCUCAAACGCAAAAAAUAAAUUUAAAGCUACCUCACUUUAUGGGUAAAUUACAAGAAAAGUGA